UUGGAAAAAGAAGGAGAGAAAAAUCAGUCCGAAAAAUGUCUCCGUCGGUGGUGCCACCAGUGGGUGAGAUUCAGGUCGAGUGCUUUGUCUUCCCGCCGACAGUGAAACCUCCGGGCUCCGGCAACACCUUGUUCCUCAGCGGGGCAGGAGUGAGGGGCUUGGAAGUUGAUGGCAAGUACGUGAAAUACACGGCAAUUGGAGUCUACUUGGAAGCAAAAGCUGUGCCGAUUCUGGCCGCUAAGUGGAAGGGCAAGACUGCUGAUGAGCUGAGGGAUUCGAUUGACUUCUUCAGAGACGUCGUCACCGGUCCAUUUGAGAAGCUCACGCAGGUGUCGUUCAUCACUCAAUUGACGGGACAACAAUACACGAACAAAGUAACCGAGAAUUGCAUUGCUUUCUGGAAAUCCAAUGGAGGUUACAAGCAAGAAGAAGCCGAAGGCAUAGACAAAUUCAUCGAGGUCUUCAAGGACCAAACCUUCCCUCCUGGCUCCUCCAUCUUCUUCACUCAUUUAACUAAUGGAUCCUACGUGAUAAGUUUCUCUGACCAUAAUCGUAUCCCGGAAAUCGGAAAUGCGGUGAUAGACAAUAAUGAACUUGUGGGGACCGUUCUGGAGACGAUCAUAGGGAAGAACGGCGUUUCUCCUGCAGCAAGGCAUAGUUUGGCUUGCAGGCUUGCCCAGUUGAUGAAGGAGAGCAUUCAGGGCAAGGACAAGGAGGGAACCGAUGGCAAGUUAGAGGUUAGAGCACAUUUCAGGUUAGGGGUAAUGAAUAUUAACAGUGCUUGA